AUGCUGAUUGCCCCUGGUCCAGAGGUCACUGUAGAAACGCCAGGCUUCAGCCACAGCGAGAGAGGGUUGUGUCUGCAUCUGUGUGCUUCUUUGAGUCGUUGAUGGGAGCCAUGGCACCGAUGAAGGAGUCCCUGAGAAGUAAGAAGAAGAAGAUCAUUGUCGGCGUGUUGGCUGUGUCCAUCGUGGUCAUAAUCCUCGGCCUCGGACUCGGCCUCGGGCUGGACUUGCAGAAAUGUCGAAACGAAGUCGUCCCCCACACGUCCUGCAGGAGCAGAUGCUACGAGCCGUACGACAACGAAGUCCCCGGCUGCAGAUGUGACAGCAACUGCAAUGAAACCAACUCCUGCUGCUACGACUACCACGACAUCUGCACCGUUCCCACUCAGCAGUGGGGAUGCACGAAGCUGCGUUGUGGCGAGAAGAGGCUGACUGAAAGCAAAUGCCACUGCUCUGAUGACUGUCUGUCUGUGGGCGACUGCUGCACAGACUACAAACACAUCUGUCACGGAGAGACAGAGUGGGUGGAGGAUCAGUGUGAGGAUCUGUCAGUCGCUGCAUGUCCAGCUGGCUUCAAGCAGCAGCCUCUGCUCCUGGUCUCUCUGGAUGGCCUGAGGGCUGAGUACCUGCAGACGUGGAGCACUCUCAUCCCUGUUCUGGACAAACUCAAACGAUGUGGAACGUCAGCUCCGUACAUGCAGGCAGCGUUUCCAAGCAAGACAUUUCCCAAUCAUUACACCAUUGUUACGGGUCUCUAUCCAGAGUCAAACGGUUUGAUUGACAACGUCAUGUAUGACCCGGUGUUUGACGCCGUCUUCAGUCUGUCCAGUCCGGAGAAAGAAAACCCCGACUGGUACCUGGGACAACCUAUUUGGCACACAGCUAGAUAUCAGGGACUGAAGUCAGGAACCUUCUUCUGGCCCGGAUCAGAUGUCAAAAUCAACGGGAGCUUUCCCAACAUUUACCAACCUUACAACGGUAAAGUUCCUUUUGAGGAAAGAGUAUUUACUGUCCUGAAGUGGCUGCAGCUGCCAGAUGAUGAAAGACCAGACUUCUACACGUUAUAUCUGGAGGAGCCUGAUAAGUCUGGACACAAAUACGGUCCCGUCAGCGGAGGGAUCAUCACGUCUCUGCAGGGCGUAGACCAGAUCAUCAGACAGCUCAUGAACGGCCUCAAGCAGAUCGGCCUGCACCGCUGCCUCAACAUCAUCAUCGUGGCCGAUCAUGGUAUGGAGAGCACAAGCUGCGACAGGAAGGAGGUGCUGCAGGAGCUGGUGGGAGAUACCAGCGGCCUGGUGGUCAGCGAGGGGCCCCUCGGACGCAUCAGGCCCGAGAACAAAGACACAGUGUUGGACUCAGCCGGACUCGUCUCCAACAUGACUUGUAAGAAGCCGGACCAGAAGAUCAAGCCGUACCUGAAGGCCCACCUACCAAAGCGCCUCCACUUCGCCAACAGUCGCCGCAUUGAGGACGUCAGCGUUCUGGUUGAGCCAAAGUGGCUGUUUGAGAGAGCUCCUGGAUCCCUCACAUUCUGCUCCGGUGGAACUCACGGCUACGAUAACGAUGUCGAGAGCAUGCAUGCUGUGUUUGUCAGUUACGGCCCCAAGUUUCAGUCCAAAAUGGAGAUCGAACCCUUCUCCAACAUAGAGCUCUACAAUUUAAUGUGUGACGUGCUGCAGAUCACUCCUACUGACAACAACGGGACUCACGGCAGCAUGAACCACAUCCUGAAGCAGCCUCCCUACACCCCGACCCUCCCUGCAGAGCAGAGUGGACCCACUCAGUGUCCCCUGGACAGUCUGGACCCUGCAGACAGCCUGGGCUGCUCCUGUCCCGGCGUGAGCAACGCCAUCAACGGCCGCCUGAACCUGACCUCAGAGGAAGUGUCUGCAGCAGAGAAGAAGCACCUGGUGUUUGGUCGUCCCCGGAUGCUGCAGUCUGAGCAGAGUUACUGCCUCCUCUACCAGGAGGGAUUCAUCAGCGCCUACGGCCACAAAGCCCUGAUGCCUUUGUGGAGCUCCUUCACGGUCGACAAGCCGGAUAACGUGGACCCGUUGCCACCAGUAAUGACCAAGUGUCUGAGAGCGGAUGUGAGACUUCCGGUGUCUCAGAGUCCCAGAUGUGAUCAGUAUGACUCCGCUGGGAACCUGACUGCUGCCUUCACAUAUCCACCCAAUCUGAAUAUGACAGCAGACCAGCAGUACGAUGCUUUACUGCUCAGUAAUGUGGUGCCCAUGUACCCCGAGUUCAAGAAGAUCUGGGACUACUUCCACAACACGUUACUGAAGAGGUACGCCUCGCUUUACAACGGCAUCAACGUGGUGACGGGCCCCGCCUUCGAUUACAACUACGACGGCCGCUAUGACACUCCAGACCAGAUCCAGCAGUUUGUGUCUGGGACAAACAUCCCCAUCCCUACGCACUUCUUUGUGGUGAUGACCAGCUGCAAGGACCCGGCCCAGGAGGUCAGCACCUGCGACGGCGAGCUGCAGACUGUGUCCUUCCUGCUGCCCCACCGGGCCCAAAACUCGGAAAGCUGCAAAAACUCAGAAGCCGAGUCUGUCUGGGUGGAAGACCUCAUGUGGUUUCACCAGUCACGAGUCAGAGAUGUCGAGUGGAUCACUGGACUGGACUUUUACCAGGGCAGCAAACGACCAAUCCCAGAGCUGCUCAGGGUCAAGACCCGGCCCACAGCCACCAUCCACAGAAAACAAUAAAAUAUCUACCAAUGUGUUUUUUAUUGUUUUCGACAAACACAUUGAACAAAACUUUGUGUUUGUGUUUAAACUCUUUUUCUGCACUGGACUGAAUGUAUCUGUUAUCUAUUUAUUUACUGUAAUCUCUUAUUCUUUGUCUGAUUUAAUCUUACUUCGUGAUUUUUUAAAUCUGUUGUAUCAUCUGAGGAUGAAUAAAGGUUCAUCAACGUCA